UUGAAAUGGUGGUCAGACCCCAUCAUCUAAGAACUCUAUCUUCCAAUCUCUCUUCCUAAGGUCAUCUUUUCAAGAACCCCCUUAAUUCAUCCGUGAAAUUCUGUUAUCGAUCUUGAUUGAAACAUGGCGCUGAGACCUCCUGAUGAUGAUUUACCAAUCCCAUCAGAAAGACCAAAAAAGCAGGCCAAAAUUGCAGUCACAGCCGAGAAACAACAGCCUGAUUAUGGAGUAAAUGAUGAAAAUAAACCUCCACAGGCAACUGCUGAUGCCUCCGUUGAUUAUAUCCCUUCUGAAAAUCUCAAACCUAUUGCUGACCCAGAAGCCGAAGUCCGAGGACUUAUUGAAGGAUUGGAAUCAAAAGAUUGGGUGAAGGUUUGUGAAUCAUUAAAUGAUGCUAGGCGGUUCGCUCUGUAUCAUUCCAUUCUCCUGCUGCCAAUCUUGGAUAGAGUUAUGUUGGUGACAGCGAAGGCAAUGAAGAACCCAAGAAGUGCUCUUUGCAAGACUUCUAUCAUGACUUCAUCUGAUAUCUUCACAGCCUUCAGUGAUAAGUUGCUGGAACCCUCCACAUCUGAUGCAUUUGACCGGCUGCUUUUGCAGCUGCUGCUCAAAGCUUCACAAGAUAAAAAGUUUGUUUGUGAAGAAGCAGACAAUGCAGUGAAGGCAAUGGUAGAGUCCAUGACCCCUUUGCCUUUGCUCCGUAAGCUCAAAACCUAUGUUAGCCAUUCAAACCUAAGGAUCAGAGCAAAAGCCGCAAUUUCAAUCUCACGCUGUGUCUCCAAGCUGGAACCGGAAGGAAUGAAAGAAUUUGGGUUGGUUUCUUUGAUACAAACUGCUGCUGAAUUGCUGAAUGAUAGGCUUCCUGAAGCAAGAGAAGCAGCUCGAGCCAUUGUUGCUUCGGCGUAUGAAGCUCUUACAGAAAAUGAAGAAGAGAAGCAGCAGGAAUGGCAAAGCUUUUGCCAAUCUAAUCUCCCAGCUAUUCAUGCACAAGCUAUGAUUAAACUUGUUUCUUAGCAAUACUCAUAUCACUACUGGCUAAGUAGUGUAGUAGCAAAAGGUGGCAGUAGUACCGUUAGCAGUUGGAGGAACCAUAUAUUUGUAUUCCUGCAUGUGAAUGCUAGGUUUUCAAGAUUGUUGUGCGAGGGAAAUGAUUAAGGCGAAGAAGUAUUGACCAUGCAGAUGGCGCAAACAUGUUUAGCAAUAAGGCUACUUGUCGACACUUCUUUUGGCUUUCAAGAGAAUUUUUGGUAUUUAUGAGGCAGUUGAGCUAAAAAGUCAAUACAGUUGACGCCUUUUGCUAGUCAUCCGAAGAAAUGAAGUGCUCAUUGAAGCGACAAAAGAAUAGAGGUUGGCUAGCUUUUGUUUUAUUACCUUCUCUCACUUUUUAUAAGCUUAAAUAACUGUAACGUAGCCAGUAUAUCAAAAAACAUACCCGCGAA